CAUUACCAUGAGCUCAAGGACUGCAGAACACUGAACAGCAUAAUACGGAGCUGUGUGGUGACAACUUUCACACGCAUAUGGGGUGCCAUCCAUUCUGACGUACCCAAUCUAGAAGAAUCUAGCAGCCAGCAUCUCCUACGUCACAUUGGAUUUGUGCUCUGUGCAGUUAUUGCCCCAGAAUUGUAUGUUUGGGUAGUGGCUCAUCAGUGGGUGGCUGCACGUCAAAUGUGGGUCCUUCUAUGCAUCUAUUGGCAUCAGAAACUGAUACAUGCACUAGACCCAGCGUGGACAUGCAAACAUGGGUUCUUCUUGCUCAUGGGGGGCUUUGCCAUCUGCAAAGAGGAGGGACUUUGCCAGCUCUUUCCUCAGGAGUUCUCUGAGAAGCUGGAGAAGAAUAAAAUCGUAUUUCUGGACACAACCAAAGCAGAAAUCAAGGACAGGAGUAAGGCAAACUUCUUGUCCAAGGUUGCAAUCGUAAUUCAGACUGGCUGGUUCCUGCUUCAAAUCAUUACUCGACAGUUGAAACAUUUGAUGAUAACCCCGCUGGAACUUGCCACUGUCGCCUUCACAUCGAUGACCUUCGCAAUGUACUUCUUCUGGUUUCACAAGCUGCUGGAUGUCACUUGUCCUGUGAUUCUUCGUCGUGAGCUGUCACAAGGGCACAUGAAGGCUGCCUUUGAUGAUGAACGAAAUGUAACUGAAAAGGGACCUGUCGUCGGACCAUCUAAUUCUCUCAGUAGUAAUUCUACGAGUGAAGAGGAACAUGCUCAACAUUCUGAAGUAGUAGAAGUGGUGGGUCGAGUCUCUUUAUAA